UUCACUGACUGUCGCCAUCUGUAAACGAUGGAUAACCUUAAAAGGUGUAACGUUGUGUAGUAAAGACAGUAAUAAUCUCCAACGUGGUUCCAACAAGCUUAACAACGUCUGUGACUGGGUUUAGCAAAAUAACGUAGCAUAGUUCAACUUGGAAUUAAAGAGUUACGAAGUCCAUGCCGUUGGAGCUGCCUCGCCACGUCCUCUGUUGAAUACCGGAUUAUUGGCUGUUUUGUCAGUACUGUUUUAUAAACCACGUGCACAAACAUUGGUGUAAGUAGUUUUAUUAACGUUUCCCCGUCUUGAAAUGAGACCGUAUGAACGGCACCAUACGAACAACAGCAGAGCUAAUCUUCAUAGGGCUCGUCUAAGUCCUGGGAUAGUAUGUAGCAAUGCAUAAUAUACACAGCGCUAUAGCUAAAAAUAAAUAACCUGGAAUAGAAAAAACUUACAACUACCUAACAACUUAGCAACUACUCGAUUUACAAAGAAAUUUCGCUGCCCUUCCUGAAAAAUGCCUUGAGGUUCAUAGCGACUCAGAUCCCCCAGAUCUGGAUGCGGAGAGAUCAAGGACCCGCAGGCUCCCCGCUUAAUAUCAGGCUACUUGGGCUGUUAAUAAGCACGGUAGCAUAAAAGUCCAGCAGAAAUCACUGUCGGCUCUGGUACAGAUCAACCUCAGGGUCUUUAAAUGCGAGGCAGACAGAAGCGAAACAAAGAUUAACCGCAUCAUUGAAAAGAAUAAAGUGUAAUCACAUGAGAAAUAAGCACAAAUCAGUCAGAAGCAUAGGAAAAUUGAGAAUCGAGGACUGAACUUUCAAGAAUCCUCCUGGGAAUAUUAAUCCAUGGAGAGCAAGCAUAUAUGUUCUACUCCUGUUCAGAUGUUUCAUUUAAAUGAGCUGGUUCCAUCAAAACACAAAAGACAUUCUGCUCUUGUCCAUUGACUGUGACUCAUUUCUUGAAGCUUGCCUACACCGGACAGAACUUGAAUUUUCCCAAACCAAUUCCUUUAAGACUUAAUUCUCCAUUGCUGGAAUUGUACUGAUACCCUGAAUUAGGUAUCCUUUGGUAUCAUCAAUGGCUUCACGAGAAACACCAAUGGCCAACUGUGGGGGCAGAGCGGUCAGUGCCUUUAUCUGGUCUGUUGCAAUUAUUUCAAUGCUUCUGACAACUGGGGUCCGAGGAGACUGUUGGCUGAUUGAGGGAGAAAAGGGAUUUGUGUGGCUUGCCAUUUGCAGCCAAAACCAACCACCGUACGAGGCUAUCCCUCAGCAUAUCAACAGCACCAUUGUGGACCUGCGUCUCAAUGAGAAUAAGAUCAAAAGCAUUCACUACUCCUCUCUCAGCCGCUUUGGCAAUCUUACAUAUCUCAAUUUGACGAAGAAUGAGAUCAGUUACAUAGAAGAUGGAGCAUUUUCGGCUCAGUUCAACCUGCAGGUUCUUCAGCUUGGUUUCAACCGAUUGAGGAAUCUAACUGAGGGGAUUCUCAGAGGCUUGGGCAAGCUACAGUACCUCUACCUCCAGGCAAACCUGAUUGAAACAGUGACACCCAAUGCCUUCUGGGAAUGCCCCAACAUCGAAAACAUAGACCUCUCCAUGAACCGCAUUCAGCAGCUGGAUGGUUCAACGUUCUCCAGCUUGACAAAACUCACCACCUGUGAGCUCUACACCAACCCUUUCAAUUGCUCCUGUGAACUUCUGGGAUUCGUCAAGUGGCUCUCCGUGUUUCCCAACAGGACGAAUGAGCGCAUGGUAUGCGAGUCUCCGCCAGGUUUCUCUGGCUACAGCCUUCUCAGCCAGAAUCCCAACAUGCCAACGUUCCGCAACGCCCUGCACAUGCUGUCCACUGUGUGCACUGAUGACUAUGUAACACCAUACAUUGUUCUGCCCUCAGAAACAACUACGGUUCCGCCAGCUUUCACCCCCUGUGGCCUGGAGGACUGCCCUUCCGGAACCGACCCAGAGGAUCCGAACAUGAAUGUGAGCCCGACAUACAUUGACCUUGACGUGAAGCCCAUCAUGAAGCUUAAACACGUCACCCAAACCAGUGCCACCAUACUGGUUCAGAUCCCACAUCCGUUCAAAAAGAUGUACAUCCUCGUCCUCUAUAACAAUAGCUUCUUCACUGACAUCCAAAAUCUAAAAAACCAAAAGGAGGAAAUUGAGCUGAAAAAUCUGAAAGCUCACACUGACUACACCUUCUGUGUGGCCUCAAUACGGAACUCACUGAGAUUCAAUCACACAUGUCUGACCAUCUCCACAGGACUCAAAAAUGGGAAGCAGAGGGUGGAUAACAAUUCCACCGCCACACAUUACAUCAUGACAAUUCUUGGUUGUCUCUUCAGCAUGAUUAUCGUCUUAGGGGUGGUCUAUUACUGCUUGAGGAAAAAACGACAACAAGACGAAAACCACAAAAAGGGAGGAAGCCUCAAGAAAAAUAUCAUUGAACUGAAGUAUGGGGCAGAACUAGAGGGAGGAACUAUUUCUCGUAUGUCUCAAAAGCAGAUGAUGGCUGGAGAGACCAUGUCCAGAAUGCCAUACUUACCCCCCAGUGGGGAUAUCGAGCAGUACAAACUUCAGGAUAUAAGUGACACUCCUAAAAUGGCUAAGGGGAGUUACAUUGAGGUGCGCACUGGAGAGCCUCCUGAUCGCAGAGAGUGUGACCCUUCCAUGUCUGGAAACAACCAAGGUUCUGUAGCAGAGAUCUCAACCAUCGCUAAAGAGGUGGACAAAGUAAAUCAGAUCAUCAACAACUGCAUAGAUGCUCUGAAGUCCGAAAGUACGUCAUUCCAAGGUAUGAAGUCUGGAGCGGUGUCGACUGCGGAGCCGCAGUUAGUGCUGAUAUCGGAACAGCCACAGAGCGCUUCUGGCUUCCUGUCUCCUGUCUACAAAGGCAGUUACCAUCACUCGCUGCAGAGGCGUCAGAGCCCGGAGGCUUCCCCCAAGCGGCCGGGAACUUCCGUUGGGAUGCGGAGCCCAAGGUCCUUCCGUUCAGAAGGAGCCUACAAGUCCGAGGCCAAGUACAUAGAGAAGACCUCACCGACUGGAGACACAAUCCUGACCAUCACGCCUGCGGCAGCCAUAUUGAGGGCAGAGGCAGAGAAGAUCCGGCAGUACAGCGAGCACCGGCACUCCUACCCCGACCAAUCCGACCAGCCAGAGGGACCCGGGAACCGCAAGCCGUCCAUACUGGAACCACUCACCCGGCCCCGGCCCAGAGAUCUCGCCUACUCUCAGCUCUCUCCCCAGUAUCACAAUCUUAGCUAUUCCUCCAGUCCGGAGUACUACUGCAAGCCUGCUCACACCAUAUGGGAGCGGUUUAAGCUUCAUCGCAAGCGCCACAAAGAGGAGGAGUACAUGGCCGCUGGACACGCGUUGCGCAAAAAGGUGCAGUUCGCUAAGGAUGAAGACUUGCAUGAUAUUUUGGACUAUUGGAAAGGAGUUUCAGCGCAACAGAAGUCUUGAUUUCCCCCAGACUUUUGUUAUUAGAUCUGGACCAAAAUUACACAAAUGUGCAAACAUUUAAACUGCAUUGAAAAAAAAAAUUAUGCUAAUAUAAUUUAUUGAAAACUUGCUACUGUUUUUAUUCAGUGUUCCAGGAUGACAUGGAGAAAGACGUAAUAGACCAACAGAUUGGAAUUUCUUAGUGUGUCUUAAAUUAAUAAAAAAAAUAACUUUUUCCUUAUAAAAGCAAAAAUGAUACAAACAAAAAUGCAUUGGAAAUCACUAUUAGGGUAUCACACGGCCGUUUCCAGUGACUGUGAAUUAACCGUUGUAUACUUUAAGACAUAAACAGGCAAAAAAGUCCGCUGAACACUGUAUACAAGACUGUGUAUUUUCUGUUUUUUAUUUAGUUUUAAUUCACUUAUUUAUUUAUCUGUCAGAGCUGCACUUACAUGCACACAAACAUUUGGCAUUAUUGAACAAAGUAUAUAGUUUCUUCAUACACAUUCAGAAACACAGAGACUCAUAUUUGUUUCGCCUGAGAUAUAUACUAAUUCUGUAUCAGUGCGGAAAGAACUAUAUGUAAAGACAAAUUUCUAUAUUUGCAAGUUUUGUGGUUUAGAAAAGGAAUGAUUACCUAUUUGAAGUUGAUUUUAAACAUAACUUUCAGAGACAGCAUCUCCAUAUUGUUUUACUGCUCAAACGAAUGUCUCAUGCACACAUGGAUAAAAUUGCACCACGCAAAGAAAUCGUACAUUCUUCAGCAAAUCUCAUUAUUCUUUCCGUUUCCUCUGCCAUUGUGUAUCUUUUAGUAAUGUCAAUCAAACUGCACAAUAUAAAAUUACCCAUUCAAAAUAUUCUUUUAAAAUUUUGAUUCCAUAGAAUGAAGUUCUACCAACUCUUACAUUUAUGAGUGAGUGACAGACCCCAGUAGUAACUUUCUCUUUCUAGAUGACAUCUCCACACGUUUUCCGUUUAGUGCAAUAAAAAUAAAAUUCUUGCAAGAACUCUUAUUCAUCUGCAUCAGACCUCUGAUGCCAUGUAUACCCAAUUGUUAAAAAAAAAAAUUCUAAUGUAAAUGACCGAUUUUCCUUUGAACAAUACAUUUGAAAGCUUAUAUAUAUAUAUAUUUUUCUUAACCAAUGGAUAUUUUGAAGGAAACAUCCUGAAUGCAUAAUCGACAGAUUAUCUGACUCUGUAGCUAUCACAGUAUCCCAGAACAUUGUUGAUAUAAGUACCUGAGAUAUACAAUACGCACAGAUUUUUAACUUCAAGUGACACAAGUCAUUGUCCAUGUAUUAUAUUCAUGCUAUUACACUGAUAUUGCUUGUUCCGCAGAUGUUCGUCCAUAAAUUGACAUUGCAGCUCUAAUGAUGAAUGUAUUCUAUACAUAAUUAAAGUUUACCAACAUCCUUCUUUCCUUUCACCUUCUGUCUGCUAUUUCAACCCAUUUAACAAAACCACUGCCUGUUUUGUUCUCCACACACUUACAAUUGUAUUAUUUAUUUGUUAUUGUCAAAUAUCUGUCAAAAAUGUCCAUAGAUAGUACAUUGUAAAAUUUAAAAAAGGUGUUAAUACUUGGUAGCCUGUCACUGUACAAUGUUUCUCUACUUCCAGGGUAAAACAGCACAUCUAACUAUGUUAAUCCUCAGUUAGUUGACUCCUGUAAGUCAGCCAGUUGAAAAGUGUCAAAAAGAACUUGGAUAAUGUAUUUAUAACGGGCUAAUGUAGUUUUAAUGCCAUUCACAAAUGCUCAUUUGCCAGAUGUAACUAAACUGUUGUCAGUUAUUUGUGUUUUCUGAUUAUGUCCUUGAGUGGUAUUGCAAAUCUAGAAGGUGAUUGGCUUGUCCAAUUGCUUAUUUCAACCGCCUUAAACUUUUUUGGACUUCUGGAGUUUUCCUUCAUACUUACCAGGACUUUUUGAUCUCUCCUCUUUUUUUCUCUCAAUGCAACUAAGUAGAUUUCAUGAGCCGUGUGUUUUACAAAUAUAUAGCCUCGUUUCCAAAAAAGUUGGGAAGCUGUGAAAAAUGUAAAUAAAAACAGAA